ACGGGGAGCGGCUGCCGCGGAGUAAGAUGCUCUGCAGGGCGCCCUGAGCCUGGGGGCGCUUGUAGCAGCUUCGUUGGCCGGGGCAACGAGGCAGUAUUCACCAUGCAUCAGUCCCUGACUCAGCAGCGGUCCAGCGACAUGUCCCUGCCCGAUUCUAUGGGAGCCUUCAAUCGGAGGAAACGAAACUCCAUCUAUGUCACCGUGACUUUGCUUAUUGUGUCCGUGUUAAUUCUCACAGUGGGCCUUGCUGCCACCACCAGGACCCAGAAUGUGACUGUUGGGGGCUAUUACCCUGGAGUUAUUCUCGGCUUUGGAUCAUUCCUUGGAAUCAUCGGAUCCAACCUUAUUGAGAACAAACGGCAGAUGCUGGUGGCUUCUAUCGUCUUUAUCAGCUUUGGUGUGAUUGCAGCCUUUUGUUGUGCCAUAGUUGAUGGAGUCUUUGCUGCCAGACACAUUGAUCUGAAACCACUCUACGCUAACCGGUGCCACUAUGUUCCUAAGACAGCCCAGAAGGAAGCUGAGGAGGUCAUAAGUUCCUCAACCAAAAAUUCUCCUUCCGCGAGGGUUAUGAGGAACCUUACCCAGGCAGCUAGAGAGGUGAACUGCCCUCGCCUCAACCAUGGAUUCUGCACACCUCGAAUCCGGGGCAACACCUGCUUCUGUUGUGACCUCUACAACUGUGGCAACCGGGUGGAAAUCACCGGUGGGUACUAUGAAUACAUCGAUGUUAGCAGUUGCCAGGACAUCAUCCACCUCUACCACCUGCUUUGGUCUGCUACCAUUCUCAACAUCGUCGGCCUAUUCCUGGGCAUCAUCACUGCUGCUGUUCUUGGAGGCUUUAAGGACAUGAAUCCAACCCUCCCAGCGCUGAACUGUUCUGUUGAGAAUGCCCAUCCAACUGUUUCUUACUAUGCUCGUCCUCAGGUGGCAUCCUACAAUACCUACUACCAUAGCCCUCCUCACCUGCCACCAUAUUCUGCUUAUGACUUUCAGCAUUCUGGUGUCUUUCCAUCCUCCCCUCCUUCUGGACUUUCUGAUGAGCCCCAGUCUGCCUCUCCUUCACCCAGCUACAUGUGGUCCUCCAGCGCACCACCCCGUUACUCUCCACCCUACUACCCACCUUUUGAAAAGCCACCACCUUACAGUCCCUAAAGAGGAAUACCUACUGGCUAUUGGAAUUAUUGUGGCUUUUGUAUUUCUGCUUUAGUGGAAGUGUUUAGGGUACACAAUUUAAAGUGUGAUUCUUAUGCAUAGUUUCAAGUUUUACAAUGGCCUGCCAGGCUAGGGAAAGAUAGGAAUGAAGCUUAUUCAUUAUCAGUGCUGAGCAGGGGUGGCAAGGCUGAACUCAGGACUUGCAAGAGGAACAGUGCACAUGCUCUAAGCAAGGCUGGGGAUCCAUCCCAACAAGAAGCUUAUCAUGUUUGGACCUGCAUUACCCUAUGGCUCUGCCUCUGUAUUCAGCAGAAGUGUGGUUGCCAUCUGUUUCAUUUGGUGUAAAUUGAGUGUUGUCCUCAGGCCCUUAGCAGAUUGCUACCCUAGUACCUCGGUUGAAGUACCUGGCUUACAAGCCCUAUCUUUCCCUACCACUAAAGUCAGUUCCUAAGGAAAAUUUCCCAGGUGAUGAGGCUGCAUAAUAGUUCCAAUGCAGAGAGCCCUGACUAGGAUUUUGUUUGCUUGUGUCUGGAUGUUGAAAAAAGCUGUCCCCAUCGCUUAUUCCUUUCUUCUCUAUGGGUAUUGUAAAAAUGGCUGCCGUGAUCAUU